AUGGAAAAUCGUCAACAUCAGGAGAUGGUCGAGAUAAGAGUAGACUUAGGAGGAAGUAACAAAGAAUUAGAUAAAGAAGAGAAACACAUUGGAAGGGAAAGUCAUAAUGAAGAGGAGGUGAUCCAAAUAAGAGUGGAAGGAAAAGGCAGAGAAGUAGCUGAAGAAAUAAAAGUGAAGCAGGAGGUUGUAAGCAGAAAAGAGUUCAAACAAUUCGAUAUAGUAAAAUCUACUCCUGCUCUCAAUGUUCCCUCAUCUUGUCUGGCUGAUCAGCAAAUAAACCAGACCAAUGUCGAAAGACACAACAGGAUUAUGCAAGAAUGGCAGUUACUCAAAAAGGGUCUACCUGAUUCAAUCUAUGUCAGAGUUUACCAACAAAGAACUGAUAUUCUCGAAGCAUUUGUUGUUGGCGGAGCAGGUACUCCCUACAGAGAUGGUUUAUUCUUAUUUCAUAUCAUAUUCCCAUCUAAUUAUCCAAAGGUACCGCCCAAACUGUACUUCAAGACAAAGCCGCGUGGUGGCUUGUGCAUGGAUUUUCUAGAAUACGGAGGUGGUAUCAACGGCAUUGAUAUUCGUCAAAUAAAAGGUCUUGAAAAAUGGAAUUCAAAGAAAUCAAGUAUACUGGAAAUGCUAGUAGCCAUUAGACAAUCAUUUCACAUUGAGAAACCUUAUUUUCGGGAUCAUAAUAUGAACGACCUCCGUUUAGUAGAGGCCAUUGAGAAGGGUUAUAAGUUGGACGAAUCUUAUGAUUGCGAUGAAAGAGUCUUCAAAACGAAAUGCUGGACAAUAUUGGGUAUUCUUGCGAAACCACCGAAGGUUUUUGAAGAAUUUGUUUGUCAACAUUUCCGUGAUCGUGCCGAAGCAAUUCUAAUAGCUUGUCGACCUUAUUAUAGGCUCAAAUAUGGUGAUCAUCCUAUAUAUGAGACAAAGUUCUGCGAUGAAUAUCGACAAUCCAUGGCUAAUACGUAUGUAAAGCUUCUCAAGGCGUUUAUAAAGAAUGGCUCUUCUUUGGAUGAUUAUGUUGGAGACAUUAAUUUGGAAGAUGACUUUGAUUAUAUUCAGCCGCCUCCGCCUCCCACCAAGCCGCGUUGGCAUCCACUGAUUGCAAAGUAUUGA